AUGGUCAAUGAAGUCCAGCAGGAAGAAAGCAUUCCAACAAGAGUUAGCCUGGAAAAGAAAACUUCCCCAGAUUGGUGGAGGCGGACAUACGAUGUAAGGACUUCACAUGGCACGUUAAGUUCCAUUAGAAGAUUUUCAGUUCUGCGUGACGUGACAUCAAAAGCAAGUCUUGCUAGUGAAAGCAUAACUAGAGAUAAAACAUCCACUACAACAAAUUUUCCUUCUGUGGAAGACAAACAAGUCAUCUUGGAGCCGAAACCUAAAAGAAUCAGGAUGAGGAAUUCUACAAAAGGGAAAAGCAUCAACAGUGUAGCAGCCAGGAAACAAGGAAGACCAGUUAUUAAUUCAAAGGCAAGACAACAAACAAGCGCUUUGAACGAUUCUGAACAACUACUUGAUAUAAUUCACAGGGAACAUUCUCGAACGUUUCCUUCAGAAAACUCCCAAAACAGCGAUACGGUUCAAACUACAACUGGUAGUUCUAAAAUAAACAGCAUGAAAGAUUUUUUGACAAGUCUUGUUAAAGUAAAAGGUUCUAAAAAUCAAAUAGCAAGUAAGACCAAAUUGCAAACUAAUAAUCGAACAAAUCAGUUUAUCGAACCUGAAGAUUUUCUUAUAUCGACCACAAAUGCAUCUGUUGAACGCAAAGAAACCCAACUGCUUCAUUUGACUGAUGAAGGUAGUGGGGUUAAUGAAAAUCUUGACUCUGUCUUACGCAAUGAACUGGGAUUUGAAAUGAAUGUUAAUGUCAAAAAUACAACUAGCAAAGCAACUCUGCCAGCAGUAUCUACAACAGGGAAUAUCGUAGAAAAAAACAUUGAUGGUUUACCGGAACGUAUGUUGUCUGUAAAACCUACGUUGACAUCUCAAACUGAUGUUAACGAUUUAGUCUUAUCACAACAGUCGCUUGAAGCUGAUUCUGUUACUCUUCCAAAUAUAUCCGUUCCGGCUUUCCAUUUACAACGGAACGUUACUGAAAUGGUUAACACAGUUACCGAGCAGUUGAACAUUUCUAGCGUCAUCCAAGAUGUAUCUUUUGAAAUGGAAAACCCAAUAGACUAUAAAAGUUCUACUGAACAAACCAGAUCCAAUGACGAUAUACAUAUUAGACCAAUUACAACGAAUACAGACAGUCAGGCAGUUCCUAAGAAUGGGACUGGAACUACUGGUCCUAAUCAAUCAUUUAAGACCACAACAAAUAUCAAGAAGAAAGUUUCUAAACUCAAAACUUCAGUUUCGCUUUCGAAUUCAUUUGAAAUUCCUUCGACAGGUUUUGAAUACAACUUGAUAAAUUCAACCGAAUAUUUGGAGAAGGUCACUCCCGUUUACAAUUCCAGUAAAUUAGAUCCAUAUUAUUCACAGGCCCCACCAAAUAAUAAAUCAAGUGUAAACCCACCUUUUUCUCGGCAACACCUUUUAACAUUAAAAAAUCAAACAAAAUCGCAACAAAAUAGAGGAAAAAUCAAUCAGAUAUCACUGACUUUUAAUAUCACAAAUAAUUUUUCCUCGAUCGGAGUCACUCCUCAAUCAAAUAUCACAUACGAGCCAGCAGUCAGUGAAGUAGCAAAUAAUACUUCUAUAAAGCAUCCCCAACUAAAACCCCAGAUGACAUCGGACAAAAACAAUGUCCACAAUGUUCUAACACCCAUUAAAGCUACAACUUUAAGCUUCAUAACUGGAAUUGAUACAAAUACCCAAAAAACUAAAAUCUCGAAUCCGGUAUUAUCCACGUUACUAACGUCUACAACUAUCACAAGAAAGAAAGACAAAAUCCAUUUAUCGCCAUCUGAAGAGUUGCAACCUGAAAAUUCGGCAACGAAUAAUGAGGAGGUUUUCACAUACAGCCAACUAUAUCCAUCCACUCUUCACAUACCUAAACCUACAACACAGACCGAGUUUCGAACACUAAAAAUAUCUACACAUACAAGAACAAUUGAACAUACCGGAAACAAAGAAUAUUUUCAUGGAACUUCAACGUUUUCAACUCCCAGAAGAGUAAGUUCUGAUAAUUCUGAUACCAUUCCUGCUAUUACGUCUGAGUCUAAAACUGUCCCAUCAAAUGUUAAUGAAGCUCGUUCUACUCUAAAUCCCAAAGUGAACACCAAAUUCCACGAAAGAUUCCCUUUUACUCCUUCCAGUGUUCGUCAAGUGUUUACUACAAUCUCUCCAAAGUCAACUACAUCCAGUAGUUUCUUGAAAAUAACGCUGCCAAAGUGGAUAAUAAUCUCGAGAAAUUUCGAAGAUUUUCUUCGACUUUCAAAUAGAAUGACACCAAAACAAAAAUCAAAUAUAAACUUGUCAUCUUCAUGUCCUCUACAUCUACAAAAGCAGUAACUGUUCCCAAAUACAGAUUUACCCCACGAUGGUCAACUGUAUUCUUAAAAGAACAAAAACUGUAUGAACCAACGACUCUAAUAAGACCGGGCAAAAGAAGAAGUAGUAGUAGUACCCAGCUAAAAGGAAAACGACAAGAAAGCCUUAAUAAACCCCGACCUAUCGGAUCUCCUAUUCGACAAGUUCAAAAUAUGCAAAAAGAAAUUAUACUCAGUCCAAGGGAAAUUUUUAUAAAAUACUGGCCAGCAAUCACAGGCUCGACUUUUGGAGCCCUAUUUCUUCUGGCAGCCAUCUUAACAUCAGUUGUCUGCAAAAGAAGGACUUACAUACGAUCACGACGCACAACUAGGCCGUCGCAUCCUCCUCACAACCAGAACCAAAACCACAUCACCACACAUUCAGUACCGCAGUCAUCAUCGCCACUACCACCACCGCCGCCGCCGCUGCCACCACCGCCACCUCCACCACCACCACCAGCAAUGCAAGAAGCCGUUGAAUUUCUUCGGAGUCUUCUCUCUGUGGGGACACUGCUCCCACAGAUCAUCACGUGCCGACCACAAUUGUAGAAAUUUCUUGAAACAUGAAACAAAAACAAGAACAAAAAUCUAAACUGUCUUUAAAAACUUAUGAUGAUCAUAUUGUCAUUUUAACU